UAAUGUAUAUUUUGAUCACGUGACGAACGGUCUGGAUAGGACGAGGGAAAUCGAGUCGCGGGUUGCGCCAAAUAACGAUUUCUUCACAAUGUCUGCACAAUACAGGCCUUAUAGAGAUGAAGAAGGAUUAGAAGGUGAUAAUAUAAAUUGGUCUGAUCAAGAACCGGGAACAGUUCAGAUAUAUGAAAAAACAAGAGAUGAAACUUGUUCUGUUUCGUCACGCACAUUAAUAAUUGGAGGAAUUGGAAUAGGAUUGCUUGGUGCCCUAAUGGGAUUAUUAAUUGGUUACUUUGCUCAUUAUGAACAUAGUAGUUGUGUUCCAAGUCUUGCAGUUGCUCUUAAUUCUGUAAGAGACGAAGAUGUGACAAUACGAAGUAAAAUUAUGAAUCUAGUAGAUUCUGAGAGAAUAAAAGAAAAUGUCAGGACGUUCAGCUCUCAUCCACAUAUUGCUGGUUCAGCUUCUGAUUAUGAUUUAGCCGUAGUUGUAAAAAAUAAAUUUCAAGAUAAUGGAUUGGAUAAAAUUGUUACUUAUGAUUAUAAAACACUUUUGUCAUAUCCAAAUUGUGACAAUCCAAACAAAAUUUCAGUUGUUGAUAGCGACGAAAAAGAUAUGCAUAUAAUCCAACAUACACAAUGUACAGAAGGAAUUGCACCUUAUAAUGCCUAUGCACCUCAAGGAAAAGUCGUGGGUGAUUUAGUCUAUGUGAAUUAUGGUAAACCAUCAGAUAUGCAUUAUUUAAAGGAAAUUGAAAUUGAUCUUAAAGGAAAAAUUUUACUCGCUAAACAUUAUUUUCCUGCAAAACAAGCUUGGGAUGCUUAUCAUAGUGGAGCAGCAGGAUUGAUUUUAUUUCCUGGUCCACAUGAUUACAAUCCGGCUAUUUUAAAUGCACCUCCAUAUCCCAAAAGUUGGUGGCUACCUGGUGACGGAGUCAUUAGAGAGAGUGUUCUUUGGAAUGGCAUUGGUGAUCCUCAAACUAUUGAUUAUCCUGCAAUAAAAAAAGUUCACAGAUUGCCUUCAGACUCUGUUCUUCCUCGUAUACCUGUUCAACCAAUCAGCUAUAAUGAAGCAUAUAAACUUUUGAGAUUUUUAAAUGGCAGUGCUGCACCUGAAUUAUGGCAGGGAGGAUUUAAUUUUACACUUAAAAUUGGACCAAAAAUGAUGAAUUCUUGGAAGACAUCCCUUGAAGUAAAUAAUAAAAUUAUGAAUAAAACUGUACGAAAUGUUUUAGGUUACAUAAAAGGCAAAGUCGAAUCAGAUCGUUAUGUCCUGAUUGGUAGUCAUAGAGAUGCUUGGGUGCAUGGUGCAGUAGAUUCUGCUAGUGGUACUGCAGCACUUCUAGAAUUAACUUAUGUAUUUGGCCAGUUGCUUAAAACAGGCUGGAGGCCAAGACGAACUAUCAUAUUUUGUAAUUGGGGAGCAGAAGAAUUUAAUCUUAUGGGAUCAACAGAAUGGUUGGAGGAAAAUUUUAAAAUACUUCACGGAAGAGCGGUAGCAUACAUAAAUAUUGAUGCUAUUGUAAUAGGAAAUACAUCUCUAAAUGUUGCUGCUUCGCCACUUUUAUAUCAUGCAAUUUUCAAUGCAACAAAGGAGGUGUAUAAUCCUAAUGUUGAAGAAGUCACUAAUGGUAUAUUAAGAGUUUAUGAUUCAUGGAAGCUGAGUUUUCCUCUGCAGCGUAACAUAUCCAGAUUGUUAUUUCCGGAACAAGUGACCGGAGACGAGUCAUUUUUAGAUUACGAUUUUUUCCUGGAUCCCGAGCCGGAACUUCCGUCGAAAUUACUUGAUAAUUUUUUGAAGUCCGCUAUGUUAAAAAUUCGCCCAAACAUCCAAACACUUGAUGGCAGAGGAUCGUACUCCACGUUUAUUCGAGCUGGAAUUCCUGCCGUAGAUAUGGCAUUUAUACACGACACUAGACCUCCAAAUGCAUUUUAUCCGCUGUAUCAUACUGAAUAUGACGUAUUCGAUGCUAUCGAAAAAUUUGUCGAUCCAACAUUCAAGUACUAUUCUACUAUAGUCAAGAUUUUAGGAGAACUGUUAAGAGAUUUAUCAGAUUCUCUGUUUUUACCUUUCAACCUGUUUGAUUAUGCUCAAGUAUUACAUGAUUUUUAUCUUAACCUUCAAAAUGAGGAAACAAUUAAACAUUAUAUUGACUUUGGUCUUUUGAAUUCCUCGGUUUCUAAUUUUACCAAUGCUGCAUUGAAAUUUCAUACCAUGCAAGAAUCAUCUGAUUUAUCAGACCCCAUGGUGAUUCGACGAAUUAACGACCAGUUACUGUUGCUGGAAAGGGCAUUUUUAGAUCCAAACGGAUUUUCUCGUUAUGUUCUCAAAAGAAAUCUGUUUCCCUCGCAAGGUAGCAAUGCAUACGACGAAACUUUCCCAGCAGUCAUGAAUUAUUUCAUUGACGUGCUGCAGAAAAAAGAAUCCAUUUCUCAAGAGGAUGUCAGAAUUUUAUAUUCUUUCUUAGUCUUGACAAUUCAAAGUGCUACGGCAAUCAUAGAAGAGGUCGUGUGACGAAGUUCUUCGGUGCCCUUUCUUUGUUUGGUGUUUUAAUUAGAUGUAAAUAUCAGUUUUCUUAGACGAUGUGUUGCAGCUCAACUUCUGAAAAUAUAUCGACAGAAAUGUCGACAUCAUUCUGCAGAAGACAAUCUCGCUAAAUUCUCAGAUGUAAAAUUUGAAUCUAUUUAGUAUGUUUUAUUUUUAUGGAAUACUCUUUUUAAGUUUAAGAUUUUAAAACAUAAAUUUUGUCCUAGUCAUCUUGAUUGGUCAAUCUCAAUUUCAUUUAGCAUCAGUUGCUCAUAAAAGGGGGGAAAAUCUCUGCAGGCAAGAAGACAUUCCAAAGAAGUAUCCGUCCACUUUUCUCAAUCAUUAGAUUAAAAUAACAUUAUAAUUGUAUCAUGUGCAUAUCAUUCUAUUGAGAAAUUCUUUUUAAGAUUUUUGUGCGCUCAAAGCAGUAAAUUUUAAUUUCUGCUAACUUAUUGUAUUGGAUUUGAUAUUAUAGUAUGUGUAUUUUUUGUGUUUUAAAUAUUUUUAGAUUUUAAUUAUAU